AUAAUUCAUGAGUUAAAUGACUUGUGCAGACUCACCCAAAGUUAGCAAGCCGAGUAGAGAAGUUUCAGGUUCGGCAACCGGACCAUAAAGUCGGCAAAAACAGACCGAUCCCGCCAAUUUAACUCCGUUAGCAGAAUAUUUACAAGUGCCGGGAUUGUCCUGAACAACUUCCUUGCGGAGGCAAUCGGAUUUUGGUGCCAAAACGGGCGGUUUUGACUCCGGAAGGAACGGCGGGGAGGUGACCGUCCCGUGUGGGAAUCAGUCGUCUGCAGCUGGCCCUAGAGUGGGGUAGGGUCGCGGUUUGACGUUUCUACCAACUUUUCUUCGGUCUACCUUCAGUUUUUUGGUCAGCCCUUUGGAGCUAGCAGUGUCUCGGCCAUAGGAGGACCUCGCCCGUGUUGUUGGUGAGGUUUUUGGUCAGUUGUUGGACGGGACAGUUCGUCUUCGCGGGAGUUUUUGCACUCGAACUUGCGACCUUUUCCAGCUGGGGCCAAGAUGGACGCCCAGGGCAGACAGGUUCUGUCGCACGGGGACCCAGAGGGGGACUUGGAGAAGUUGUUCGCCGCCGUUAUGAACAAGAAGGAAGGACAGCCCGUCUCCGUGCCCAUGAGGAUGAGAAACUUGCCUCCAUCGUUCUUUAACCCGCCUCCAGACCGUGCAAAGGGCGGUGCUUCGGCGGCAGCUUACCCGGGCCCCCCACCAACCAGCCAGAUGUCUCCUCACAACCUGCCCAUCGCCCACUCGAGAGCCCACUCCUCGCCAGCCUCCCUCCAGGCUACCCAGCAGGCCUCAGCACAACAGUUCCAGCACCUGCGCCAGCAGAGCUACGACCCCACAGCCAUGGACGACCUGGGGCCACUUCCACCCGGCUGGGAGAUGGCACACACCGCCAGCGGACAGAGGUAUUAUCUAAACCAUAACAACCAGACCACGACCUGGGAAGACCCGAGAAAGUCGCUCAGUACUUCAUCUCUGAACCAGCCGCAGAGUCCUGCGGGCACGCCUGUCAGAUCCCCGGGGUCCAUGUCCCCACUGUCUCCAUCUCCUGCACAUUCCCAGCAAGGUCUGAACAACAUAAACAACAUCCCGUUACCAGAGGGCUGGGAACAAGCCACGACCCCUGAAGGAGAGAUCUACUUCAUCAACCACCGUACACAGACCACCACCUGGCUCGACCCCAGACUGGCCAUGAUGCAGCGGCAGCAGAGCAUCCCCCAGCACCAGCAGCCCCCCUACCAGGCGCGCUCCCCCACCCCCCAGCAGCAGGCACAGGUGAACGAGCAGCAGCGCCAGCAGAAACUGCGCCUGCAGCGGCUGCAGCUGGAGAGGGAACGGCUGCGCAUGCGGCAGGAACAGAUCAUGCAGCAGGAGAUGGCCUUGCGUGCAGGUCAGAUGCCUGAGGAACAGAUGAACGUGGCAGGGAUGCCGCCCGCGUCGCAGGCCGCCGUGUCCUCCGCCUCGCAAAACCCCACCCAGACCUCGUCAGAGAUGCAGGCCGUCACCACUACAGGCAUGGACCCGUUCCUGAGCAGCGGGACUCCGUACCACAGCCGUGACGAGAGCGCCGACAGUGGUCUGGGCAUGAGCAGUAACUACUCCCUGCCACGCACACCCGAGGACUUCCUCAGUAAUGUGGACGAGAUGGACACGUCAGAAAACACUGGCGCAGAAAAGAUGCAGACAAGUCGGCCCAACUCCACCCAGCCGCAGCCAGGGGGGCGAGGUAUGCCGGACAUCCUGGACACCAUGCAGGGCACCAACGUGGACCUGGGCUUCCCGGAGACAGAGAGCUCUAACGUGGACAGUGAGGAGCUGGUGCCCAGUCUACAGGAGGCCCUGAACUCUGACAUACUGAACGAUGUGGAGAACAUGCUCUCACCAUCCAAGAUCGACAACUUCCUCACAUGGUUGUAGUGGAGCCCAAGGCAACAACAGUAUUAACAAGCCUGGUACGAAGGCCCAUAAGGACAACUCCAGUCAACAAGCAAACCAUGCACAUAAACCAUUUUUACUACCGUUUUGAAACCAUUUUCAAAAUCUAUCCAGUUGCUUGGAUGACAGAUUCCUCGAGUGUUUUUACUACGUCCUGUGAGUGCCAUGCAAAGUUUUCCUUGCUGAAGCUCACAAAAGUUAGUUAUUGUGCAAACAAGAAGUGACAGCAUGGUUUGUAGGGGACGAAGUGUGUCCUUACGGGCCUUGGUAGCCCCGAAACUAGCCAUGGGCUGAUACAGAGUCAUGUGUAUAACUAUAAGCAGUCAUGUUAAGUGAAAUAAUAGCCCAUAAUUCUGUUAAGGAACCAACAGAAGGGCGGUACAAGGACUGCAGCAGCAAAAUAACCUUUAAGAUAUCGAGCAAUAUCACAAAGAGGCCACUUACAAAAUAUCUGGCACAGUAUAGAGUCAUAUCAAAGUUUAUGGUGCCUUUUAUACCUACUUAACAGGAUAUUCUGUUGGUUUCACCUGGUCUUCAGCCUUAUCCAUGCCUUAUACGGUAACUGAUCUUGACCAAUUACAAGGCUGCAUCAUUGGAAUUGACCAAUGAGAGGAGAAUUCCUACUGACCAAUCAGUCUCUUGUUCACAAGCCACCUAUGUAUGGGUUGUAUAUUUUUUGUCAAAGAUAUUAUCAAAACUGAAAUAAAAAUGACUGAAAAAAAAGAGAAAAAAUUGGCAUAUUUUUUUGAAAAGUUGUAAGAAGAGGCUUUUUUAUUUGGUAAACCAACGGAAUAUCUGACCACUAGUAAUUUUACUGGCCUGACCACUGUAGGGUGUACCUUAGCGUUGUAAACAUUUGUUUGAUAUCUCAAUAUAUAACUUUUGUCUUCAUUUUAUAAGUAGUUAGUUUGAAAAAAAAAGUUAUUUUUCACAUCAUAUGAGGUGAAGUUAUAGUACAGUAAAGUCAUAUCUUUUAGCUGUUUGCAUAUCACUCAGAAAUAGCUUAAUUUACGGUAUAGAGAGGACAAUUUUUUUCAUUUUAUUUUGUAUAUAUACGUUUGAAUGAGAUGUUAUAAUCAAAGUGAGUGAGUGGGAUGAUAUAUUGAGUUUAAAGUUUUAGAUUUUUUAAUAGAGUGACUUAAAGUUAAAUAGUUGGUCAAUGAAUUCACCCGCUUUGCUGGCAACUACUUCAGUUGGGCUUUAUUGAGCUUUCUUGCACUGCAAGGGUUUUUUGAUCAUGGUUAGACGCCAAAAGAGUAAGAAAAAAAAUAAUCAGCAAAUUUUCACAAAAGACGGGAAGCCAGUUCGGUGGGAGUGCCAUCAAGUCAUCCACCAAAACUGUCUUCAAUUCUUUUUUGCAGAAAUCUUAAUUAAUUACUAUUUGGAUUUUGUUAUUCUACCAGUUUUUAUAAUUGCAGAUACUUUCGCAGUGAUUUUCGCAGUGACCACUUCACCACAAAUUUGCAAUACCACAAAUUGCAUUAUUACUGUAUUACAGAAUUGUUUCAACUUAAUACACAGUUUAACUCCUUUUCUCCCCAACUGCGAAAUCUUUAAAUUCAAUUACAGUACCCUGGUGCUCUCUGUUGCACAAAAACA